UAACAAAACGAAGAACAGCAACAAAAAAGUUAACUCAACAACAAGAAAAACUCAUCGAAGAAACAGCGAAGAAGAAACGAAGAAAUUUACACUCGAUCAGCUGUUUGUUGUUGCUGUUUACGCGCUUCGAAAAUGUGAAUGGUGGUUAAAGUUGUGUUCUUUUGUUUAUACUGUGUGCAGAGCAUCCUCCGAUCUGCUACUCGGUGUGUGAGUGUGUGAUUGUUUUUGUUUGUUUUUCUGUUUUUUUUGUUAAUUUGUGUGUGAGCGUGUGUGGACGUGUGUGCCGCCAUCUACAGUCACGCACACAUGAGCGCGAUCUUCCCGCAAAAAUAAAACUUUCGGAAACAACAACAAAAAUUGUGUUGGACUAAAUUUUUGAUUACACAAUCUCCACUGAAUUUGGCGCAAAAACAACUUCGAAAUUGGGAACGAGCGAUGCUGCUAGAUUAACUGACGACGACGAAAGUUGCCGAAGAGGAGAGAAAAGACGUUAAGCGAAACAAUGUCCCAAUCACAUUACUCUCUGCGAUGGAACAACCAUCAGAGCCACAUCCUAUCCGCCUUCGAGUCGCUUCUUCAAGCGGAAACACUGGUGGACGUGACGCUGGUGUGUGCGGAAACUUCUGUGCGCGCCCACAAAGUAGUCUUGAGCGCGUGUUCACCGUUCUUCCAAAGGAUAUUCUCUGAAAAUCCGUGCAAGCACCCGGUGAUCGUGCUCAAGGACUUCAGCGGUUGGGAAGUGCAGGCGAUAGUCGACUUCAUGUACAAAGGUGAAAUCAGUGUGAUACAGGAUCAGCUGCAGAGCUUGAUCAAGGCUGCUGAGAGCCUCCAGGUGCGAGGACUCGCCAAUCAGGACCAGUUCGGCAUCGUCGACAAGGAGUCCAGUCCGAUCACGAAUCAAACGCCGACGCCGUCGACGUCACCGAACGACUUCGACAGAGGAUUCUUUCCCAACCUCCACAGAUUCACGGCGCCCGGCAUCACGAUGCGAACACCAAACGCAGCGGAACGUUCGCCGCCGUUCUCGCCAGUUCCCGCCGUCUCCGGGUACGACUUGCCGCCCCCGGCGAAGCUGCCACACAUGACCAUCAAUUUCCCAGAAGCUCUGGUUACAAGAGCCGAAUCGCCGCAGCCGCGUCGGAAACAGGCAAGACCGCGUCGCAGGUCCGGCGAGUUGACCGCCGGUGCUCAAGACCUCACCACCACCUCGGCCCAUCCCAGCCAAAACCAACAUCACCACCACCACAACAACAACAAUCUGAUCACGUCCUCGAACAUCGUCAGCCCGACCACGACCAUCCUCAAGCCACAGCUGCAGCCUGUGCAACCGCACGAGAUCGAAGAAACUGCCGAGAAUCUGUGCAUGAAGAAACAGCCCAGCUCCAAGGAGGACCGCAAGAAGGACGACGACAGGAUCAAGAUGCUGACACCGGAUCCUUCCGCCAGCCCCGAGCUCGACCUCAGCAUGCAUCACCACAAGGAUUUUGCACCGUCGCCGCCCCUACAUCUGCCCGCCGUCCUCAACCUCAAGCACGAACUGGACAACCACUCGCCGUUGCCCUUCCCACCGAUGCCCUCCGUCUCAGCCCUUGCAAUGACACCUCCACACAGCAAAUUUUUCGGGCUAGAUUCACCUCUACUGUUCCCGCCCGGUAUGGAUGGCUGCAGGAAUCCCCUGCUGGAUAUGACAGAUCCUAGAUCGCUUCCUGACCCGCAGAUUUUCACUAAAAAGAAGAUGGGAAGACCAAAGGGUCAACAUUCUGCCCCAAGAGGAGGUCCACCCAGAUCUUGGACAAACGGCGAACUGACGGAGGCUCUACAGCACGUGUGGAACAAGAAGAUGACAACGAGUCAGGCUUCGAGGAUCUUCGGCAUCCCGUACAACUCGCUGCUGAUGUACGUGCGCGGCAAAUACGGAAAGAGUUUGAAAUUGGAGCAGCUGAGGAAGGACUGCAUCGCCGGUCCCGGCAUGGAUCUGAUGAACAUCGGAGGUUCCGGUUCUGCAGGAAACAACAAUAACAACAAAAUAUCCGACAGAGACGACGGGACGGGGACGCAACCGAACACGAGACCCCCGAGCACCGAGGAACCUCCGCAACCGCCGAUCUUCAAUCCGUUCGGGCCGAACUUCUAUCCGGACUUCGGCACCGGCUUCCCCAUCCCCGUCAGCAUGAUCCACCUGCUGCCGCAGAGCGAGAAGAACCGCGACAGCUACGGCCCCCCGCCAAUGGACGAGGACAUCGGGAAAAAUGAUGGUAGGGUUAAGGACGAGCCGCAGGAUAUGUUCCUUCCUUUAGACAGGCGCGAGCUCGUUCACCAGAACGGGCAGGACUAGGCCAGGUGGUGGCACUCCUCUGACCAAAUCAUAUUCUAGCAAUCACUGCAAAGAAAGAAAACGUCUAUGAGGCAGAGAGCACGUGUCAAACGUCCACUUAAAGCAAAUCGUCUAAAACAGCAACAACAACAACAUCAAGGAAAAACGUUUUCUUUUCCGUAACUUAAUACGUUAGGUGCAAUAUUAGUGCAUAGACAAAUUUGUACAUUAUUAUAUAUUAUACAAAUAAGCAAAAAACGAGGGUGGAUGCAUUUCCCAUCAGGAAGUCGUUCUAUGCAUGCAGCAUCCCCCAUUUCGAUUUAAAUGAUAAUACCUGAAUUCAAAAAGUAUAACAGGUAAAAAAAAAAAUAUUUAUAAAGAAUAAUAUAUAUAUACGUGCUUCCGAUUUGUAAGUUUCCGUUCAAUACGUUUUAUGUUUAUUCAAAUUUUAUAUAUAUAUAUUAAUAUUAUUUUUCGUGACUUUAAGUUCAUUUUACUUUAUUUAGAAGAAAAAAAAACAAUAAUAAUUACGUAACGAAAGUCGUUAGCGCGAUCUGUAAAUAGGAAAGUCGUCGUCGCGUUUCGGACUUUCCUCAAAUUAAUAUAAUAAUAAUAAUUUUAAUACUUAUAAUAAUAAUAAUAAUAAACAAACAAAAAAUAUAUAUAUAAUGAAUAAAUCAUAUAAGACUGAUAAUUUUCAUAUUGCCAACGUUCCAACGCUAAUUUUCUCUGGCCACUUAAAGAUGAAUAUGUAGAAGAUGAUGAAGAAGAAGAAUAUGUUGAAGACGCUAGAAAACGAAGAAAUAACAUUUAUUUUAUUAACGCUGAUGAACGAUAUUGCGAAAUAUUACCGACGAUUAGAUGAAAUGGAAAAAAUAGUAAUAUUAUUAUUAUUAAUUAAUGAAUUAAUUAAUAAUAUGAACAAAACCCACAUAUUUAUAUAUUAUACAGUUCCUGAUGACAAAAUAUUUUUUAGUGACAGAUUAUAUACAGAUUUUUUACCAAAUAUUUACUAUAUUGAAUGGAAAGCAAAUAAUAAUUGAAACGAGAAACAGAAACUACUAUAUACAACCAAACAUGCACACGCAAACAAAGAUGGUUUUUUGUUAUGAACGCCAGGGGGCGCCGAGCCCCCGCCUCCGCGAUUUUUUUCCUAUCCAAUGAACUUUAACACAUACACAACCCCCCGCCCCCCAAUACAUACACAUUCAAACUGCGAUAUUAGCGUUUACAGUUAUUAACGAAAACAGACUAUUUUAAAAACACGGUUUUGUACAGUUCAGAUGAUAUAUAUACAUACAUUUGUAUCUUAAAUAAUGCAAGAAUAAUACAUAAAUAAAUACAAAC